GCCGAGCCGAGCCGGGAGCGCCGGGGCCUUGAGCGUUCGGGGACGCCGGCUGCCACUGUCCUGAGGGAGCGCGCUGGCCGGAGGGAGGCUGAGGCCCGGUUUCCUGGAGCUGAGGAGCCCGGGGCUGAAGCCUGGCCGACAGGAAUGGGGCCCUCAAGUGCACCUUCUCUGCAGCUGGCCACAGCACUGGCCUCCUGCAGGGCCUGGCCGCCCUCCGUGCCCAGGGCCAGCUGCUCGAUGUAGUCCUCACUGUCAACAGUGAAGCCUUCCAUGCACACAAGGUGGUCCUGGCAGCCUGCAGUGACUACUUUAGGGCCAUGUUCACUGGCGGCAUGCGUGAGUCCAGCCAGGCGGUCAUCCAGCUGCAGGGUGUGUCUGCACGCGGUCUGCGCCACAUCAUUGACUUUGCCUACAGUGCUGAAGUGACGCUGGACUUGGACUGCGUGCAGGAUGUGCUGGGCGCUGCCGUGUUCCUGCAGAUGCUGCCGGUGGUGGAGCUGUGCGAGGACUUCCUGAAAGCUGCCAUGAGUGUGGAGACGUGCCUGCACAUUGGUCAGAUGGCUACCACCUUCAGCUUGGCGUCACUGCGUGAAUCCGUAGAUGCCUUCACGUUCCGCCACUUCCUGCAGAUCGCAGAGGAGGAGGACUUCCUGCGCCUGCCACUGGAGCGCCUUGUCUUCUUUCUGCAGAGCAACCGGUUGCAAAGCUGCGCUGAGAUUGACCUGUUCCAUGCUGCUGUGCGCUGGCUGCAGCAUGACCCUGCGCGCCGCGCCCGAGCCAGCCUCGUGCUGCGCCAUGUGCGCUUCCCGCUCAUGCAGCCCGCUGAGCUGGUGGACAGUGUGCAGACGCUCGAUGUCAUGCUGGAUGACGCCCUGUGUCGCCAAUACCUGCUGGAGGCCUUCAGCUAUCAUGUGCUGCCCUGCCGCCAGCAUGACAUGCAGUCGCCGCGCACUGCUGUGCGCUCUGAUGUGGCAUCCCUUGUGGCCUUCGGAGGCACGCCCUAUACCGACAGUGACAGAGCCGUCAGCAGCAAGGUGUUCCAGCUGCCUGAGCCCGGAGCCCGCCACUUCCGUGAGCUCACGGACAUGGAGCUGGGCUGCAGCCACGCAGGCGUGGCUGUGCUGGAUAACUUCGUCUAUGUGGCAGGUGGCCAGCACCUGCAGCACCGCAGUGGCGAGGGCGCCGUGGAUGCCUGCUACCGCUACGAUCCGCAGCGCAAUCGCUGGUUGCGGCUGCAGGCGCUACGUGAGAGCCGCGUGCAGUUCCAGCUCACGGCGCUAGGUGGGCUGCUGUAUGCCACUGGUGGCCGCAAUCGCGCUGGCAGCCUAGCAUCCGUGGAACGCUACUGCCCGCGCCGAGACAGCUGGGACUUUGCCUGCCCACUAAAGCGUCGCACCUGGGGCCACGCGGGUGCCGCAGCUGCUGGUCGCCUCUACAUCUCAGGUGGCUAUGGAGUCUCGGCUGAGGACAAGAAGGCGCUGCAGUGCUAUGACCCUGCAGCUGACCGUUGGGAGCCCAGGGCGCCCAUGCAUGAGCCCCGUGUGCUGCACGCUAUGUUGGGCGCCGCCGGCCGCAUCUACGCCCUAGGUGGCCGCAUGGACCAUGUGGACCGCUGUUUCGAUGUGCUGGCCGUGGAAUACUAUGUGCCCGAUGCAGACCAGUGGACCAGUGUGGCCCCCAUGCGGGCUGGCCAGUCAGAGGCCGGCUGCUGCCUGCUGGAGAGGAAGAUCUACAUUGUGGGUGGCUACAACUGGAGGCUGAACAAUGUCACUGGCAUUGUGCAGGUGUACAACACAGAGACUGACGAGUGGGAGAGAGACCUGCACUUCCCAGAGUCCUUUGCGGGCAUCGCCUGUGCUGCUGUCCUUCUGCCCCGUUCAGGCCAUGGGAGGUAGCUUGGGAACCCAAACUAACUGUGUUCCCACAAGUGUUAGGGCCCCAGCCCUUGGGGUUCCCCACCUCCUGAGCCAGCAGAGAGAUCUGGUCCCAGAGGUUUGGGUGCCAUGGCAGCCACUGCCCAGUGGGUAUCUCCAAGCUGUCCUGUGUGGCUGGGCCUAGAUUUCCCCACCCUUAGCCAGACAUUCAGAUAUAAGCUUGUGGAUGUAAAACACCGAGUCUCCGUGGGAACUGCUUUCCCUGUCUCCUGGCUGGUCUGAAGUCCCCGCUGCGCCGUGGGUAAAGGCGCUUGCCACCAAGCCUGGCAACCAGAGUUCUGUAUUGAGAACCUCGAGGCAGAGAG